AUGAAGCAAUUGUUACCGUCCAAAGCCAAAGAUCUCGAUGCGACGGCGGAAUUCAUGCGGGAAAUCCACCUCUGUGCGCGCCUCAACCACCAGAACAUCGUCCCGUUUGUGGGCAUCGCGUGGUCUACCCUCGUCGACUUGGCCGUUUUGUCCGACUUGAUGCCCCGAGGUGACGUUCAUGAACUGCUUCAAACCGAACGCCGUUUCGAACGCGUUCAGAACAGACGAUUUCACUGGCGGCGCGCGGCCAGCCCCAACGAAGCCGCGGACGAGAUGACCACGAAAACCAGCGUCGCCCUCGACGUUGGCCGCGCCGUGAGCUAUUUACACGAUCUGUCCAUCAUUCACCGCGAUUUAAAAGCCAAAAAUGUGCUGCUGAGUGCAUCGUUUGAAGCGAAAUUGAGUGAUUUUGGCAUCUCCAGAGUGUCCAAACUGGAUGAAACCAUGACGGCGAAUGUUGGCACGAUCGCUUGGAUUGCCCCAGAGGUGUUGACCGGGGACCGCUUUGGCGCGUUUCUUUCGGAAAUGGACACGUUGGGAACGCCGUAUGCGACGGAAACGUCGACGAAUUGCGAAGGCUUUUCCAACAUUUUAUAA